AUGAUUGCGUUACAAAAUCGGCCUAUCUUGCCGCCCGCCAAAGUGGAUAUCUCACUGCUACUCAAGCCCCAAGAUGAGGAAGAUGCCCCCGGGAAUCCUACUCCCGUCUAUCCCUCUCGGAUGGGCUUCUCAAUCCCACCGCCAGUCCCCGCGGCGCCAAUCUUGACGACGGGCCCGCCGGCCGUGGCUCCAUCUUUGAUCAAGUCUGCUCCUGGUCUUCCGGCAAAGCGGCUACAACCAGCUCAUACCGCCGAAUCACCCGCCAAGAAGCAGUCCAAGUGGUCGGCCGAGGAGGAUGCGUUGAUCAUCGAGCUGCGGGGCAGCGGGAUGAAGUGGGAGGAUAUCAGCAAACGGUUGCCAGGUCGCAGUGCGAUCAGCUGUCGUCUUCACUAUCAGAACUAUCUGGAACGUCGCAGCGAGUGGGAUGAAGAUAAGAAGAACAAGUUGGCUCGCUUAUAUGAACGGUUUAAAGCAGAGAUGUGGUCCAAGGUUGCCGAAGAAAUGGCCAUCCCAUGGCGUGCCGCAGAGGCCAUGCACUGGCAACUUGGGGAGCAAGAAAUGGCCCGCCGCGCUGGCGUGGUGCCUUUCUCACUAUCCAGCACCGCCAUCGAUCCCCCAGCCACGAGAACUCGUCGUGCCAGCACCUCUCUAGCUCGACCUCGAAAGAGCUCCACCUCACGCGCAAUCCCAGGCCACUUGCCCGGCCUUCCACCACAACUACCCUCCCUCGAAGAGUUGACAGCCGGUGUCCCCGCGUACGCACCACCUGCCCCGCCUCCACCACGAGAAUUCUAUGGUCUUGGACGACCCCCAGACAUGGGCAUUCCCCCGCCUGGUCUGAUGGGCCCGCAUAUGGGAAUGCCUCCGCGAACUCUCCCCUAA